UGCUCAUGCUAUCUCUCUCUCUGCCUCUCAAAAAUGAAUAAACAUUAAGAAAAUUAAAAAAUAAAAAUAUAAGAGGUUUUUUGAAGAAAAAAAGAUUAUAUUGGGAGAAAGCAUCAAUAGAAUUUAUAGUCAGAUUGGGGAAUGACAACUGAUACAGAGAAAAUUAAAACAACUAUUUUAAAAAGUGUUCUUUAUUCAUCUCUGCAAAAAACUUUCAAAACCUUGGGUGAUUAUUAAAUAUAAAUGGCGUAAACUCCAGAGAACAAAGAAAAAAAUCUCAAUAGCCUAAUUACAAUGGGAGAAAAUAAGAAAGUUGAUGAAGAAUGCCCCCAAAAGUUUCAUAGGGGUAAUUCUUUCCAAUCUUAAAGGAAAAGGUUGUUUUUUUUUUAAUUCCAAUUUAGUAUAAACUUUUCAGAUCACAUGGAGAAGGAAACUUAAAAAAAAUUUUUUAAGCCAAUAGAGCACUGAUAACAACAUCUUGGAAAGUACCAGAAACUCUACCUAUGGUGUAUCUAAACAAUACAAGGAUGGUUCAACAUUAGGAAAUCUAUUUUAAGGUGGUAAACAUUAUUUACCAUUGGGGGAAAAAGAAAUCCUCGCCUCAGCAGGUAUCGGACUGAGUAACAAAAUUCAUCAUCCAUUAAUGGCUAAAAAGCAAAAAUCCUUAGUAAAGGUUAAAAAUAGCUGGAUACUUCUUAAUGGUUAACACUUGAAAGUAUUCCUAUUAAAGGAUAAGGCAAGCAAUCCCAUUAUCAAUUAACACUGGUACUGUUAAAUGGUCUCUAAAUGUGGGUCAGUACAAUAAGAGAAAAAGACAAAAAUAGUAUAAAGGAGUAAGCUUUUUUUUUUUUUUUAGAUAUUGUUGUAUGCCUUGCAGUGGGUGGGGGGGGAAGAAAACAUGAAAAUCAACGGAAAUGUAGAAAACUUCAGGGAAGAAGCUGGUUACCGAGUUAAUAUUCAAACAACAGCGUGGCGUUGGGGGUGGGGGGAACGUGCGCGUGAGGGCUGGAGCGUCCACGAGUGCGUGGGUGUGCACGCGAGCACGCACUUGCUGAGGCGCUGGGAAGCGCAUGCGCCAGUGGCACCCAGAAGCCCCCGCGGUCUUCCGCGUUCUCGGCGUCCUCGCGUCCUCGCGUCCUCAACGGCUUUCGCGCGUCCUCAACGGCUUUCGCACGUCCUCAGCGGCUUUCGCGCGUCCUCAGCGGCUUUCGCACGUCCUCAACGGCUUUCGCGUCUUCCGCGUCUUUUGCCGCAACCGUCGCUCUGUGGGGCUCGGCUUUUUCUUUCGCAGCCUUAUCCGCAGCCUUCCAGUCGCCACCUGCUCUUCCAGGAGCCAAAACCGCUGCCGAGCCAUGGCCUCAGAGGACUCUCUCAACAUCCCCCCAGAAGAUUCAGAGUUACUUAAAGAUAUUACGGAGCUGCGCCAGAUCCAUGUGGAGGCCGUGCCUGUGGAGACCGUGCCUGUGGAGACCGUUCCUGUGGAGGCCGUGCCUGUGGAGGCCGUCCCUGUGGAGACCGUCCCUGUGGAGACCGUCCCUCUGGAGACUAUGUCGAUGGAAACCAUGACAGAGUACGAGAUUAUCCACGGCAGUUGGGUCCACGGAGGCCACCACCAACCGCCUCUGAUCGCGCUGCAGCCGCUGUUCACCAGCAACUCGAGCCAAGGAGACCACGACCAGGACAUAAUCAUGGUGCAGACGCAGGAGGAAGUGGUGGGCUACUACGAGUCAGACGACCUGCAGGCCAGCAGCAAUUUCGAGGACCAGGUGGUCAUCCCGCUCGGUGAAGACGACGAUUUCCAGCAGACCCUGGCUUCCUUGGCAGCUUCAGCGUCGUCGUCAGCGGUCAGCCACAGCAGGAAGCGCAGCAGCCAAAGCAAGAAGGCGAGCGGUAAGAAGAAUCACACUGAUAGUGAGGCCCACGGGGGAAGUAGCAGCUCUGAGAUUGGCAGCAAGAAGUGGGAGGAGAAGCAGGUGCAGAUUAAAACCCUGGAGGAUGAGUUCUCCAUCACCCUGUGGCCCCCAGAUGACCAAAGAGACCAGGAGACAGGGAAGAUUGAGAAAUCAGCUCCUGAUUAUUCAGAGUACCUGACAGGGAAGAAGCUUCCUCCUGAAGGACUACCUGGUAUUGAUCUCUCAGAUCCUAAACAACUAGCAGAAUUUACUAAAAUGAAGCCAAAAAAAAAAGAAGAUACUCCAAGAACAGUAGCUUGUCCUCAUAAAGGUUGCGAGAAGAUGUUCAAGGAUAACUCUGCUUUGCGAAAACAUCUGCACAUCCACGGUCCUAGAGUCCACGUAUGUGCAGAAUGUGGCAAAGCUUUUGUCGAGAGCUCCAAACUAAAACGACAUCAGCUGGUGCACACUGGAGAGAAGCCCUUUCAGUGCACAUUUGAAGGCUGCGGAAAACGCUUUUCCCUGGAUUUCAAUUUGCGUACCCAUGUGCGAAUCCAUACCGGAGACAGGCCCUUCGUGUGCCCCUUUGAUGGUUGUAAUAAGAAGUUUGCUCAGUCAACUAACCUGAAAUCUCAUAUCUUAACGCAUGCUAAAAACAAAAAUAGCCAGUAAGAAGGGAAGACCCUUCUCAAAGUUGGGAAGUGUCUUCCAGGAGCAUGAUUGAAAAUGAAUAUGCCAGUUUUGUGUAUUGUUUGUAGGAAAUAAUAUUUUUAUUGAUUCCUGUAUAAAUAAGGGUCAUGUUUUGAUAGAGCAGUAAAAAUAAAAGUAAAAAGUAAAAUAUAUAUAUUUAAUAUAUAUACCUUUAUAUAACAUUGUUAGGGUGCUAUAUCUUGUUCUGUAAUACUAUUUGAAAAACAUGGUGUUUUGUAACGUUUGGUCCCAACAAGGAUAAUUUAUGAACCUCACAUCAAAAGAUGGUUCUUUAUACAACUCUUCUAAAAAUGGGACUUCUUUUCACAUUUUUUAAAAUACGAAGUUCACCUAUUGCUCACAAAUUUUUAAAGUGUAUUUUCCAAAUGUUCAUAUUUAUAGCUUUAGGAAUAUGUUUAGUAAUUCUUUGUAUGGUUUUUCUGAAGGUUGAUAACUUUGCUUGGAAUAGAUUUUCUUUAAAACAAUGAACAGUAACCUACAUGAAGUAUUUUCCUGUUUAAAAAAAGUUAUAUAGGCUUUGUUUGCUAUCUUAAUUUUGGUUGUAUUCUUUGAUGUUAAAACAUUUUUCAUAACUAUCUUUUAGCUGCAUUGAUUUAUGUAGUAUUGAAUAUUAGAUGUGACUUAAUAGUCAAAUUCAAUCUAUUUUAGUCAUUUUAUUUCCCCAAAAUACUGCAGAUGGUGUUUAGUAUAACUUCUUUGCAUGUUCAGUUAAGAGAGUGGUACUUAGUUGUAGAAUGUAUUUUGUAUGUAUUGACUUUUAACACUUGAUAACACUUUUUAACAUCUUGUGUAAUAGAAGAAGCAAAAAUAAAAUAACCUGUUCCAAAGAUGGAAAAAAAA